UUCGGCAGCAGCGGCGGCCCGAGCCAAUGCAGCGGGACGCACCGCCCCGAACCUCAGCCUCGGCGCCCCGGCUCCCCGCGGCCCCGAUCGGUGCCGCUGCCAGCAGUGGCGGCGGCGGAGGCGGAGGCAGCGGCGGUGGCGGAGGCGCCUCUGCAGCUCCGGCUCCUCCUGGCCUCCCGGGAACUACAAGUCCCAGGGGGCCUGGCGGCGGACGGCGGACGGAAGAGGCGGGGUCGGCGCCUCGAGGCCGGAAGUGGCCGUGGAGGCGGAAGUGGCGCGGCCGCGGAGGGGCCUGGAGCACGGCGGCGGGACCCGGGGCGGGAGCGGCGGCGGCGGCGGCGGCGGCUGAAGGCGGCGGCGGUGCACUGGAGGCGGCCAUGGCAAAGCAGUACGACUCGGUGGAGUGCCCCUUUUGUGAUGAAGUGACCAAAUAUGAGAAGCUUGCUAAAAUCGGCCAAGGCACCUUCGGGGAGGUGUUUAAGGCAAAGCAUCGCAAGACUGGCCAAAAGGUGGCUCUGAAGAAGGUACUGAUGGAGAACGAGAAAGAGGGGUUCCCCAUUACAGCCUUGCGGGAAAUCAAGAUCCUCCAGCUUCUAAAACAUGAGAAUGUGGUCAACUUGAUUGAGAUCUGUCGAACCAAAGCUUCUCCCUAUAACCGCUGCAAAGGCAGUAUAUACCUGGUGUUUGACUUCUGCGAGCAUGACCUCGCUGGGCUGCUGAGCAACGUCUUAGUCAAGUUCACGCUGUCUGAGAUCAAGAGGGUCAUGCAGAUGUUGCUCAACGGCCUCUACUACAUCCACAGGAACAAGAUCCUGCACAGGGACAUGAAGGCAGCUAACGUGCUCAUCACUCGUGAUGGGGUUCUGAAGCUGGCGGACUUUGGGCUGGCCCGGGCCUUCAGCCUGGCCAAGAAUGGCCAGCCCAACCGCUAUACCAAUCGUGUGGUGACACUCUGGUACCGGCCCCCUGAGCUGUUGCUUGGAGAACGGGACUAUGGCCCCCCCAUUGACCUGUGGGGUGCUGGGUGCAUCAUGGCAGAGAUGUGGACCCGCAGCCCUAUCAUGCAGGGCAACACGGAGCAGCACCAGCUCGCCCUCAUCAGCCAGCUUUGUGGCUCCAUCACCCCUGAGGUGUGGCCAAACGUGGACAAGUAUGAGUUGUAUGAGAAGCUGGACCUGGUCAAGGGCCAGAAGCGGAAGGUGAAGGACCGGCUGAAGGCCUAUGUGCGGGACCCCUACGCGCUGGACCUCAUCGACAAGUUGCUGGUGCUGGACCCCGCCCAGCGCAUCGACAGUGAUGACGCCCUCAACCACGACUUCUUCUGGUCCGACCCCAUGCCCUCGGACCUUAAGGGCAUGCUGUCCACACACUUGACAUCAAUGUUCGAGUACUUGGCCCCGCCACGCCGGAAGGGCAGCCAGAUCACCCAGCAGUCCACCAACCAGAGCCGCAACCCCGCCACUACCAACCAGACGGAGUUUGAGCGUGUAUUCUGAGGACCGGCCGCUGUUGCUUCUCAUUAGAGCCGUCAUUUUAUUUCUCCUUCUGCUCUGUGACUUGUGUUGUGGAGAUGAUGGGACAUUUGAGUUUUCUCUCUGUGCAUAUUUUAUUUAAUCCUCACCCUGGGCAUCAGGAACCAAUGGAGCAGACUGGAAUAAAGCUUUGGCUGAAAGUCCAGGAGGGCACUUGGGCUGCCUCACCUUGUUCCCUGGCUUUAGGGAUGAUGCCCAGAGGGUCUCCAUUUACCUUAGGACAGGAAUGGGUGGGAGGACAGGUGCCCCCCACCAGUGGCUUUCUAAGAGAUCCCAGCAUGCUGGGUGGAGGGGACAGGACUCUCAUCCAUCCCCAACCCUCCUUGUGGGAUGAGAAACUUGUGUAGAGGACAGAACUAGCCUCAACAGUGGGCUAUUCUUGGCCUAACCCUCCAAAGGUGUGGGGCUGGCAGAAACUCUUGGUUUAUUCAAUAGGACAAUUUUAUCGUGGGUUUUUUUUGUUGUUGUUGUUUGAUUGUUCAGAGAUAUUCCUGGAUGCAGGUUGAUCAGUUAACAAUUAAAGUUGACUUUUUUUUUUCA